CAAUUUUUCUUAUCAUAUUCAUGGAACUUUCACAGGACUGAUAUCAGUCAGAGUCGUCCUUCUCGUAAAUUUGAUGAGAAGCUAGAGAGAGAUCAAGAGAAAGAAAAUGAAGCAGCAUCAGAAGCUAACAUUCGUGCUGUGUAUAGUAUGGGCGAUCACUCUUCUCUACGGCGAGAUGUUUACUUUUUGGUUGCCUCUCCGGCUGUGUACCUGGCCUCAUCAUCAUAUCCAGAUGGAUGGACUAAGAGAUCCUAGCAACUAUACAAAAAUUGCUGUUAUUGCCGAUCCACAGCUUAUGGAUAAAACUUCCCAUCAUCUGGCUCCAAAAUCAGUUGCUUUGGAGAUUGCACAGUUCUACACUGAUAUAUACAUGCGCAGAGCAUUCUUUUCAUCAAUCAUGCCUUUCAAACCAGAUAUAAUUUUGUUUUUGGGCGAUUAUUUUGAUGGAGGACCUUAUUUAUCAGAUGAAGAAUGGCAGGAAUCUUUGAGCCGCUUUAAACAUAUAUUUGGUCUGAGUAGGCAAGGACAAAUUAGUGAUGUACCAGUUUACUAUAUUCCUGGAAACCAUGAUACUGGCUAUUCAGCAAUUUACUCUGAUAGGCCAGAGGUCAUCAAACGCUAUGAACAAGAAUUCGGGAUUAGAAAUUUUCGAUUUACAGCUGGAAAUUUUGAGUUUAUUGCUAUUGAUGCGCAAGUUUUAGACGGUAACCCCAAAGGAAAUCUGACUUCUGCAGCUUGGGAUUUUGUCAAAAAUUUAUCCACAGAUGUCCAAUCAUAUCAUAGGGUUUUAUUAACCCAUAUUCCAUUAUACCGUCCGGAUCAGACUUACUGCGGCCCUCAGCGUGGUUCCGCAAUUAUUAAUCAGCGGAUCCGGCAUACUCUGGAUGGAAAAGAAAUAUUGUACCAGAAUUACAUCACUGAUGAAUCAUCAAAAAAACUGCUGGACUUGAUAAGGCCUGAUUUAGUUUUAUCUGGUCAUGAUCAUGAUCAGUGUACAUUGAGCCAUGAAACACAUGCUGGAACCAUAAAAGAGCACACUUUAGGGACUGUGAGUUGGCAGCAGGGAAACUUGUAUCCAUCUUUCAUGCUCUUAUCUGUUAGUAAUGUGGCUCUUCCAAACGCAUCCCAUCCAGAAAAAUCAGUGCUCACGCAAGUGUGCUUUCUUCCAAUGCAAACACAUAUUUAUAUAUGGUAUCUUUUUCUAUUUGUUCUCACCCUGCUUGCUCUCCUCUUUUGGCCAAAGACUGGGCUCAGUUUUCUGCUGCAUCCCAUUAGUGAUUUAAUUAAGUGUGGUAGAAUGGUAAUAAAUUCCAAUAUUUUCGGAGGUGGAACAAAAGAGAAAAAUAAAGAUGAGAAUUGUGAGUAUGAGAUGGUCUGGGAUGCUGAAGGAUCCAUGCAUCUCAUUAAGAAAAUAGUGGAGAACAAGAGUCAACGUCCCAGUGAUAGAAGCUUUGCAGAAAGAGGUAAUGCUGUAAUGAGAGCAACGGCCAGAAAGAAUGUGAACGAGGAGGUGGAGGUCUGUGUAGGUAGAGAAACAAAUGCAGAUGCUGUAUCUGAUCCGAUGGUAAAAUUACUGCUCAGAACAAGCAAAUCAAAGACAAAGCUCGUAUUCCACAGAUUAAUACAUGUACUUAAGAUGCUUACAGUCAUUUCUGUCCUGAAUGUUUCUCUCUACAUGAUGCUGCUGUUUAAGGAUUGGAUUGAUCAAUGAUAUCUGCAUUGUGUAUCUUAAUUCUCUAAUUCAAGUGGUUACAGCACAGAAGAAUAUUGAAUCCCCAAAGUAGUUCCCAUUUGAGGUUCAAGUGGGUAAAUGUACUUACUGCUGAGCAUCUUAUUGAUUUUUCUAUAUUUCUUAGCAGCAGUAACUUGUCUCCCAGCCAAUAAACAGAUCUUCAAGAUUGUUGCAGAUUAAGAAUAAUAUGAGAGAUCAACCUAAUUGCAUUUAGUUUCCAUGCAUAUCUCUGAAGGCAUGGUGUGAGUUGUCUUGAACAAGAAAGUCUAACAUGUCCAAAUUUCAGUUUGUUAUGAAGAAGAUUCAUGGUUGCUAUGCUUUGGCAUUUCAUUUACCUUGUCUCAGCCAAUGUGUUCCAUGAAUGCUGUUGCUGUGCUUGCGCUGAAGUCAGAACAAGCCAGAACCCAAGUUCCGGACUAAUAGAAUUCACUGAUAGACAUUGCAUGAUCAGUAAGUAGAUCAUCGCAAUCACUCGUGAUAUGUUGUUGUAAUCUUUAUUGGAGAUUUUAAACCUCUGAGAUAAUAAUGUAUAGCUUCAUUCAGUUGACCAA